UUAUUAUCAUUGUAUGCCUGCCUCUUCAAAUAUUCUAUUUAUCACAUCUCCAAAAAAAUAAAGCAAAUCCCAACGUGCUCCAAAGCUUCUUUUAUUCCUUCAUCUUUCUUUCUUUCUCCAUUUUCCAAAUUCUCACUUCUCUAUAGUUCUAUUCACUACAUGAAAAAUGAGAUUUUUGACACCAAAACUCUACACCAUCUUCAUCUUUUUCUAUUGUCUUCAAUCCAUAUCUCAAGCCAAGUUAAAAAAAUUCGAAAAACAAUAUGGAGAUCCCUUUGACCAUAAAUAUAUUCCAAUCUUGGAAAUUAAAGAACCAGCACAAAUCAGCAACCAAGCUCUACAAGUAACUCCAGAUACAGCCAACUCUCAUUACAACAUGUUCAAUAAUUCAGGUAGAAUUUUCUUGAAGCAAUCCUUCAAAUUAUGGGAAGGUGACACGUCAUCAAAAGAUAGUAGAGUUGCAUCUUUCAACUCUUCAUUUCUUGUAAAUAUUUACAGGCUAGAUAAUAAAACUGCAGCUGAAGGUUUAACUUUCUUGAUUUCUCCUGAUUUGGAAUUGCCACCAAAUAGUCAAGGGCAAUAUUUAGGGUUGACAAAUGCAAGUACUGAUGGGAAAUUUAUUAAUAGAGUUCUCGCGGUUGAGCUCGAUACUUUUAAGCAAGAUUUUGACAUUGAUGAUAACCAUAUUGGGAUUGAUAUUCAUAGUAUUAAAUCUAUAAGGUCUGAAUCUUUAACCAAACAUGGAAUUGAACUUUCUCCAAUUGGUGCAAGAUUUUACAAUAUUUGGGUACAAUAUGAUGGUAUCAAGAAAGUUCUUGAUGUGUACAUAGUAGAGCAAACUGAGAAAAAUGGCGCAACCCCACCUAGGCCAAAGGAUCCAAUAUUAUCACAUGAUCUUGAUAUAAGAGAUGUUGUGAAUCAAGAAUCAUACUUUGGAUUUUCUGCUUCAACAGGGAAUUUUAAUCAAUUGAAUUGUGUGUUGAGGUGGAAUUUGACAGUUGAGUAUUUUCAAGAAAAAAAUCAAUCUUUAACUAUUGGUUUAGGUGUUGGGGUUCCAUUAUUUAUUCUAUCCUUGAUUUUGGUAGCAUAUUUAGGGUACUAUUACUACAAGAAAAGGGUUACUAGGUCAGAGUCAAAUAUACUUGGUGCACUUAAGAGUUUGCCUGGAAUGCCUAGAGAUUUUGAUUUUAAGGAAUUGAAGAAAUCUACUAAUAAUUUUGAUGAAAAGAAUAAGCUUGGUGAAGGUGGAUUUGGAGUUGUAUACAAAGGGAAUUUAGUUGGUGAAAAUUUAGAAAUUGCAGUGAAAUGGUUUUCAAGGGAAAGUAUGAAAGGUCAAGAUGAUUUCUUGGCUGAGCUUACUAUUAUCAACCGUCUGCGGCAUAAACAUCUUGUCAAAUUGCUUGGAUGGAGCCACAAGCAUGGGAAGCUACUACUUGUAUAUGAGUACAUGCCAAAUGGUAGCCUUGACAAACACCUUUUCUCAGGUCCAGAUAAAAAGCCACUCAGCUGGCAAGUCAGGUACAAGAUUGUUUCAGGCGUCGCCUCAGCCUUGCACUAUCUGCACGACGAGUUUGAGCAGAAAGUGGUCCAUCGUGAUCUUAAGGCGAACAAUAUCAUGCUUGACUCCAACUUCAAUGCACGCCUCGGUGAUUUUGGCCUGGCACGAGCACUUGACCACGAGAAGACCUCGUAUGCUGAGGCCGAGGGUGUGCUUGGCACGAUGGGGUACAUUGCACCAGAGUGUUUUCACACUGGAAAAGCCACUCAACAUUCUGAUGUAUAUGCAUUUGGAGCAGUGUUAUUGGAACUAGUAUGUGGCCAAAGGCCUGGAACUAAAGUUAAUGGCUUUCAACUAUUUGCCGAUUGGGUUUGGUACUUGCAUCGUGAUGGCAGAAUCCUCGAAGCUGUUGACACGAGUCUCGGGGAUGAUUAUAUAGCUGAAGAAGCAAAGAGAUUGUUACUUCUUGCUUUGGCAUGCUCUCAUCCAAUUGCUAGUGAAAGGCCUAAAACACAGACGAUAGUUCAAAUUAUAUCAGGGUCAGUACCAGCACCAGAAGUUCCACCAUUUAAACCAGCAUUUGUGUGGCCUUCUAUGGUGCCAAUUGACAUUGAUAUAGACUCGAGUCUUGUCGAUACGAUAUCCAUUACAACUCCUCAGUUCAGUUCAGGAAACAACAGCGUUGAGUAUCAAAGCAAGUAGAACUAGCACCAUAGCUAGGCACUUUUAUGGUGUAGUUAUACUUUUUAUAAACAACUAUUACCAACAGAAAAAAACUGGUUUUGCUUUCCUGUAAUUAUGUUCUCUGGUGAGGCUGACAAAGAUUUUCUCCUGUUUUUUCCUUCUUGUUUUUUUUUUUUUGCUUGCUUUUGUUUUCUGUAAUGACAAGAACAGAAGCAACUCAUGUACAUUUCUUUAAUCCAGUCCUUACGUUAACUUCCAUCCUA